GUGUAAAAAGGUUGCACAUGUCCGUUUUCCGUCUGCACCUAGAUUGUGUUUAGCUGGCGUUCUAAGAAGAUGACCACUUUACGAGCGUUCACUUGCGACGAUCUGUUCCGGUUCAAUAACAUCAAUCUGGACCCGCUCACAGAGACUUAUGGGAUACCUUUUUAUUUACAGUAUCUGGCACACUGGCCAGAGUAUUUCAUUGUUGCAGAGGCCCCUGGUGGUGAACUUAUGGGUUACAUAAUGGGGAAAGCAGAAGGCUCAGUGGCCCGAGAAGAAUGGCACGGACAUGUUACUGCUCUUUCGGUGGCACCUGAAUUCCGACGCCUUGGUUUAGCAGCAAAACUAAUGGAUUUACUAGAAGAAAUUUCAGAGAGAAAAGGAGGAUUUUUUGUUGAUCUCUUUGUAAGAGUGUCUAACCAAGUAGCAGUAAAUAUGUAUAAACAGCUUGGCUACAGUGUGUACAGGACGGUGAUAGAGUAUUACUCAGCCAACAAUGGGGAACCUGAUGAAGAUGCUUAUGAUAUGAGGAAAGCCCUAUCAAGAGAUACAGAGAAAAAAUCGAUCAUACCCUUACCGCACCCAGUGCGACCAGAAGACAUUGAAUAACCUUAGCUUUGGUUCUUGGGCAAAGUGAUGAAGCUCAUCUACAUGGUUUAUAAAUCAAACCUAAGUACUAAAAUAUUCUUUAAAUCCAUUCACAAUGGUAAAUGGCACACAUGGUGGCCACUUGCAUGUGGCAUUUGUAGUCAUGUGAUUACAUCAGGCUGUUGUGCCACUAUAGUUUGCUUCUUUACAAGAAAGGAAGGUGAACAAACCGUAUGUUUAACAAAUCCUUUGAAUAUCAUGAUUGUGAUGACAUUUCAAAGCUAUUAUCGCUGCUAUUUUGGUUUUGUUGGACUUUUGGUCAGUGGAGUUUGAGAUAAAUGCUUCUGAAACAGGUGAAUCAUAUCUUGUCUUGCUUUGACCAUAGAUGAGUCCAUCAGUGUGUUUUGCAUAUAUAGGAACCAGUCACAUUUUUAGGUAAGAUAUGCAAUGAGAUUUUCUUCAUAACUACAUACAAAGGUCCCAAAUCACAUAAUCAUAAGUAGGAUGUCUUUCCUAAAGUUGAUCACUCAUUUUCACUGAUCAUUUUUUUGUGUUUAUUUCAUAGAAAAGUGAAAAUAUUUUUCUUUUUCAUGUAAGAGCUUAAUUUAUGGCCCUAAAUUAACAUUGUCUGUUGCCCCUUUGUUUGAUCACAAAAUGCUGAAACGAUUUUAUUUGGGGAGGGGGACAGAAGGGAUUUAUGUUUACAGUUUUUGUGUCAUUGUGGACUAUGUGUAUAUGAUGCGGGCUGCUGGUAAAAAAAAGGGCAACAUUUCCUGCCAGGGCUACCUGUUAACAAAAAUUACCUUAAAGUGACAUUAGACUGCUGAGUACAACUACAGUAGCAGGUUACUACUCGCCAUGCUAUUGGUUUCCCCCUGUGGCUGCAGCUCUCUUUAAAGUUAUUCUCUUAUUUUAACCCUUGCAAAUAUCAGUUAGUGAAGCUCUUCAUCUUAACACUGAGGGCCGCCAUCUUGCAGAUUAUGUUUAUGUAACUUUUAAACUGUGCAAAAAUGUAACUCGUCUGCUCUCUAUUAUGUGAGCUGAAGUGAAAGGUGCAACUGUAAAAAAAAAAAAAGCCAUAAUAUUACAGUGAAAGCGCACUGCUUCUGUCGCAGGAUGCGACAAGAUGGCGGUUUCUAGAAUAAAAUGUAGAACUUUAACAGCUGGAUUCUGUAAUUAGUUAAAAUAAGAGUAUGGCUUUAAAGAGAUUUGCAGGUACAGGAGGGAAAACAGUAGUAUGAUGAGCAGUAACCCAGGUUGUACCCAGCAGUUUAAAGGGACGGUUAGCACAAAUUUUCAUAUAACUGCAUGUAGUAGAUACUACUAUAAAGAAUAAUAUGCACAGAUACUGAUCUAAAAAAUCUAGUAUAAAACCAUUUAAAAACUUGGAAGCUCCCAGUUUAGCGUUGAUGAGGUUAGGCUGGGACACCCAGUGAAAGAGGCUGGGAAAGCAAGAAGAGCAGACCCCCCCACCCCCGUAUAUGAAAACACCCUUUAAACAACCAGGAGUCUGUAGACAUCAGUAAACAUGUAAGGAGUUUAGCUUGUUUUUAAAUAACAUUGUGCUGAUUUUCAAACUCUACAUUCUUACAAAAACACUCCCAGAUGGGCUUUAUAAAUGGAUCCCCCUACAAAACAUUUAUGCAAAGAAAAACCUAGUGUACAAUGUACCUUUUAAUUCUAAAGACUCUUAAAUGAUUUGACAGUCUGUCACAUGUACAUAAUUCACACACUUAGACACACUUUUAUCUGACCUGUUUUUGUUCCGAUACUUUUUUUUUUUUUUUUAAAUACAUUUUAAUGGGACGUUUAACCCUUUCGUGCCGGGGUUAACGUGUCUACGUCAAAACAAAUGUUUCGAUGUAAACAAAUCGAAAUCUCGCGAUUGUGCAUGGGAUCGCGCCAGGGGGCGUCCUUUUGAUGCUAGGAACGCCCUCCAGACCGCGAUCCCAUCAGGGAAGCACAGUGGCUUCAGGAAAGCCAAGCGGUUAGGACGUUAUAUUCCGUCCUUCAGCGCUAAAGCCCAGCAAAAAUCAGACGGAAUACAAUGUCCUAACGGCGUUAAAAGGUUAAAACUUUAAAAACAUUUUUAAAAAAUGUAUAUGAAAGAGCACUAAGUAAACGGAAAUCAAACUUGAGAUGUAAUUCCCUAUAAAAUAUUUAUGCAUACUGGAAAAAAACUUCCAUUAUUUAUUUUUCCUGCAAUUUUAAACAUGAAAAUUGUAACUUUUCCACACAGAGAGGCUGGGAGUCCAUUUUGUGGAAUUUGGUACCCUAAUACUCCUACACGCUGCACAGUGGUUGGUUGAUAGGAGAAAACAUAAAUGAGAUCCUGCACAUAAUUGGCUACAGGAGGUACGGUAAACAAAGGUGUGUUCUUUGACUGUCAAACAAUGCUGCUUUUGCUUAUAAAUUGACAGUUUUAAAUGCCUUUAAACCAUUUUUUAUAUACAGAUAGUUUGCAAUGCAGUAAUUUCUAAUGCAAAUAUAAAAAAAUGCUACUGUCCCUUUAAACAUAAAGGGUUAAAGGGACAUAAUACUCAUAUGCUAAAUCACUUGAAACUAAUGCAGUAUAACUGUAAAAAGCUGACAGGAAAAUAUCACCUGAGCAUCUCUAUGUAAAAAAGGAAGAUAUUUUACCUCACAAUCUCCUCAGCUCAGCAGAGUAAGUUCUGUGUAAAAAGUUAUACUCCGCUGCUCCCAGCUGCAGGUAAAAAAAAAAAAAAAAAAAAAUGAAUAAAAAGAAAUGAACAGCAGCCAAUCAGCAUCAGCAGUGCUGAGGUCAUGAACUCUUUUACUGUGAUCUCUUGAGAUUUGACUUAACUAAUUAAUUUUAUUGUAAACUUCCUUAAACUGAAUAGGUAAAUAACAUAAGUGCACAAGGCUCAUCCCUUCAGCUGUCCCAGGACAGACAUACUGAUAUGCUGCUUAGAAAUCCUUUACAAUGGGAUGUGGCUGAGGAACUUUUGAGGUAAAAUAUCUUUCUUUUUUUACAUAGAGAUGUAAAGGUGAUAUUUUCUAGUCAGCUUUUUACAGCUAUAUACUUCAUCACUUUCAAGUGUUUAAAGGUAAGGUAAAGUUGAGCAUAUAACUAAACGCUAUCGUUUAUAACUUUAAAAAUUAGCAUAAGUUUAAUUCAUCAUUAUGACAGUAAUUCUCUUAAUUACUUUAUUUUCUCGCUUAGAAGUACUGUUCCGACAGCAAUCUUUCGUCCGCCCGACAUUUUCUAAAUUUUGAUUGACAGAUGAGAGCUAUAUUAUAGUCCAAUCAGUUGUUUCCCCUUCAGGGGUUUAGCCCAUCCAUUCCUACGUCACUCGCUGACUGAGCGCAUGCGUCCGACUAAACUCAAGCUACUUCCACCCGUGCUCGUUCGUGAUUCGCGCAUACUCACUGCUUGCUCUGUAGCGAUUGUUUUAGUAUCAUAAUAACAAUUGGAACGAUCGGCGCAGCAAGUGAGUUUUUUACAAUGAAUAUGUAUUUACAUGUGUACGGUCUUUAUUUAUAUAUGCAAUUUAAAUGGUUACAAUUUAAAAGUUUGUAUCGGUCAGUGGGGGAAGUGGCGCAUGCGCAUAUGAAAUAGUCUGUGAACGCGCAUUGAGCUUACGUAAGCAGAGGGCUGAGAACGCUCGAUGAGAGGAGAGAUAUAAACACGGAAGUGGCAUGGGGGAGGAGAUUCGGCGAAAACGGUAUCAAAUAUAAAGUUUUAAUUUGAUGUAAAAUACAAAAUAAACAACAAAAUAAAGUUAGCGAUUAGCUUAAGGUUAUUUAUUAGAUAGAUUAUAUGCUUUAACUUACCAUAAACUUUACCUUACCUUUAAACAUUUGGGUAUUAUGGCCCUUUAAGCUUUAAAAAGGUUGUUACAGCAAUUUAAAAUGAAGUUCAUGUUUUGUAGACAACUUUGAAUAGCAGUUAGUCACUGGCUGCAGAAGGCAACUUAUCUUUUAUGGUGGAGUGGGAGAUUCCUUUACAAGCAAGAGCAAACUGGUAUAUAGUUUUUUUUCCUCUCAACUCAGGAACAUUUUGUUUUCCCAAACUACGAAAACCUUAAAUAUAUAUUGUAAAACAUAUUAUUUUAGAUGCAAAAGGAAAAUUUACUUUAAUGCCCUUUUUCUUUUUUUUUUUAAAUUAAUUUUGUCCCUUAGUUUUGUUUCCUGGUUUUGAUUUAAAUGUUUUGUCUGUGUGUAAAGAGCAGUGAUCUAUAUAAAUGUUUGCCUGACAGCAAAUCCCUGCUAAUUUAAUGCACAUAUUUGUUUUUUAUUGCAGUAAUCAAUAUACGUUUCUUUCUUUCAGAUGAAAACACAAUAGCAGUAUUUGUGUUUUUUAAAUAGACAGUGCAAAAAAUCAUAAGCUCUAAUUUGUUAAAGCAUGUCAUUUUAGCACAAGUGACCCUGCAAUGCUGUGUGUUAACCCCUUUGUGGGAGGGGGGGUUAAACACAGCUCAGAGGCUGCAGAGAACUGCUGGUUUCUAGAAAAUGACAGUUUUCAUAGCCGAGUCGUGCAAUUCCUGCUGCUGAUUGGCUGUGCAGUUGUAUCCUCUAAAGACCAGCUGUGCUCUGUGGCUCCCUAGCAGUACUUUUACUAUGUGUUUAACACACUUGUGGGGUUAAACACAUAGCAUUCCAGGGUCUCUAGUGCUAAAUUUACAUGCUGAGCUUGUUGUUUUUGCACUAUGCUUUGCCUUAAGCUGUCCAUACUAACUACACAUGUAGAUAUGACUUCAUGCCAUUUAGUACCUUUGCCCAAGAACCAUAUAUAUUUGCUUUAUCCAAUCUGCUUGCUGAUCGGAUGCAUUGCUGUGUAAUGUGCUGCAUUUGAAUCCAGCAUUAAUGAAGCUGUAAAUGGCUGAUGUGAAAAGGAGACUCAAUAAAACUUGCUGCUGUUCCAGA